AUGCAACUGGCCAUGCAGAUUUUCGUCAAGACCCUCACCGGCAAGACCAUCACCCUUGAGGUCGAGUCGUCGGACACCAUCGAGAACGUCAAGACCAAGAUCCAGGACAAGGAGGGCAUCCCCCCUGACCAGCAGCGCCUCAUCUUCGCUGGCAAGCAGCUCGAGGACGGCCGCACCCUCUCGGACUACAACAUCCAGAAGGAGUCGACCCUCCACCUCGUCCUCCGCCUCCGUGGUGGUGUUAUCGAGCCGACCCUCCAGGCCCUCGCCCGCAAGUACAACUGCGACAAGAUGAUCUGCCGCAAGUGCUACGCGCGCCUCCCGCCCCGCGCCACCAACUGCCGCAAGAAGUUCUGCGGCCGCACCUCGCAGCUCCGCAAGAAGAAGCAGCUCCGUUAA